AUGGGGGGAUCACGUUCACAGGAGUCGAUGGUGAAUGCAGCAGUAGCAAUAGACAAGGACAAGAACAGCCAAUUUGCUGUGAAAUGGGCAAUUGACAACCUUAAUAUCUGUGGUUUCAUCACCAUCGUUCAUGUUAAAACUCAGCUCAAUUUGUCACCCAAAGAAGCUGUUCCCAAAGAAGGACGUGCACCAACCCAAGAAGAAUUGAAGCAAUUCUUUCUUCCGUAUCGUGGAUAUUGUGCUCGGAAAGGGGUUCGAGUGAAUGAGGUGGUUCUUAAUGACGGUGAUGUUGCAAGUGCAUUAGCUGAAUAUGUUAUCGACAAUUCCAUUGCCGCAAUUGUGCUUGGUUCUUCAUCUAGAAGUGCACUAACUAGGGCAUUUAAGAACCAGGAUAUUCAAGCUAGCCUGGUGAAAUCCAUCCCAGAUUUUUGUUCGGUUUACGCUGUAUCCAAGGUGAAAUCUCAACUCUUGAAAAGCGCCAAAAGAUCUCCCAACCCUAACAGCUUUGCUGGCUCCAGACACCCCAAUUCUCAAACAGGAUCUUUGCCUGGAACCCCACUUUCUGAGCAAUUUUACAGCCAGGGGAGUUGGAGAAGUUCAGAUUCGGAUGAUGGAGCAUAUUCGGCUAAAAGUAGCGACUUCAUGCCGGGGAAUUCGAGGAAUAGCCCAAGCAACAGCAAGUUUUCUUCUCCACAACAUUCAGGAUAUAAUUAUAAUGCCAUUCCAAGGGAUAUGCAAUCCAGCAACAGGAACACAUCGCCCCGGCAUCCUUUAUUCGGUGGCAGCAGUCCUGAUAAGCAAUCCAACAACAGCAUGAGUACGUCGCCCUUCAAUCCAAUGUACAGUGGCAAUGGCAUGAACAGAAGCAAGAUUCCACCGUCCCCUGUUCAUCGACAGACUCAAGGAAGUCCAUCCGAUUCUGUUUCCAGCUCCAGCGAUCGCUCAGGGCCAAUGAGUUUCCAAUCGUCUAGCAUGUCCUUUGAGCAACUUGACCAGCCGCGUUCAUCAGAUGCUUCAAGGAGCUCCUACAUCUUGCCAAAUCAGGGAGAGUUGGAGGAAGAAAUGAGGAGAUUGAGACAAGAACUGGAGCGUACCAUGGAAAUGUACAAUUCAGCCUGUAGAGAAGCAUUAGCAGCCAAAGAUAAGGCUAAUGAAGUUGAUAUAUGGAAGUCGAAUGAAGCACGUAAAAUUGAAGAAGGCAGAGCUGCUCAGGAGGCUGCAGUGGUUUUGAUGGAGAUGGAGAAGACUAAGUGCAAAGCGGCUAUUGAAGCCGCACAAAUGGCUCAGUGCCUAGCAGAAUUGGAGAGUCAAAAAAGAAAGCAAGCAGAAAUGAGAUUGCUGCAGGAGUCAGAAGAGAAGAAGAAAGCCAUGGAUGCAUUGGCGCGCUGCGACGCUCGGUACAGAAGGUACACCAUAGAAGAAAUUGAACAAGCAACAGAUCAUUUCUCCACUUCAGAGAAGAUUGGUGAAGGAGGGUAUGGCCCUGUUUAUAAAGCCCAUCUUGAUCACACGGCUGUUGCUAUCAAGGUGUUGAGGCCAGACAUUUCUCAGGGACAGCAGCAAUUUCAAAGAGAGAUUGAGGUGCUAAGUCGCAUGAGACAUCCAAACAUGGUUCUGUUAUUGGGUGCCUGUCCCGAGUACGGGUGCCUUGUUUAUGAAUACAUGGAAAAUGGAAGCUUGGAAGAUAGGCUUUUCUGCAGGAAUGGCAGCAGCCCUAUACCCUGGAGAGUUAGGUUUAGAAUAGCAGCUGAGAUCGCAACAGCCCUUCUCUUCCUUCACCAAACAAGACCAGAGCCUCUUGUUCAUCGUGACCUCAAACCUGCCAACAUUCUCCUAGACAAGAACUACGUGAGCAAGAUUGGCGACGUCGGCUUGUCAAGACUAGUUCCGUCAUCAGUGGCUGACAGUGUUACUCAGUAUCAUAUGACUGCAGCAGCUGGAACAUUUUGCUACAUCGAUCCAGAGUAUCAACAAUCUGGCAUGCUUGGGACCAAAUCUGACAUAUACUCAUUUGGUGUGGUGUUGCUACAGCUCAUUACAGCAAAGCCUGCAAUGGGUCUGACAUAUCAAGUUGAAGAAGCAAUUGAGCAAGGCACAUUUUCAAGUACACUGGAUCCAAGGGUAGCUGAUUGGCCAGUAGAGGAGGCUUUGUCAUUGGCCAAGUUAGCUCUGCAAUGUUGUGAACUUCGGAAGAAAGAUAGGCCAGACCUCGGAACAGUCGUUUUACCAGUACUUGAACGACUACGAGAUCUUGGAUAUGAUGCUGAAGCAACAGGUGAUGGUGUGAACGCCAAUCUUCAAAACCAAAAUUCUCAGGAAAGCUUGCCUUUCAGUAUGGUCAGUAAGCCACCUUCCCCAAAACAAAAAAAUCAGAAAACUGAUAGAAUAAAAGCAACCAUAGUGGCAAACAAUAUAAGCAAAUCCCGUCAUAGAUAACAAUCUUCUUCGUAAAUUACAUGUGCUGAUACUAUGACUUUUUGUUAUGUUUAACCAGGGAGCAAGCAGCAGUAAUUCUGGAUCUAAAAUGGAUUAUCUAUGCUCAUAAAACUUCACAGAGUGGCAGCAGUUCCCUUGAAGAAGAACGUUCUCAAUCAAGUCUGGACGAUGGACCAAGAAACCAGAUUGCCUCCUAGUUUUUUUUUUAUUUUGUUCAUUUAUACCAGACAUGGUCCCUUGGGAUUCCUAGAGCCCAAUAUUGCGCAUGCCCAGCACUGUAAAUUAAGCCUGAAGUUGUGGCUAUAUUCAUUGUGAUGCUGUAGGCCAGAAGUUUAAACUCAGUUUUAUGAGGAUAUGACUCAAAACCUAUAUCUUGCAAAGCCAACACAUUGAAAUUUCUUUUUAGACAAAACUCAAUGAAUAUCCAUGCUUUCGAAUUCCAGUUCAAGUUUACUUCAACUCGUAAUGACUAUAUCUUGUAAAGGCAAAAUUACAGUUAAUCACAGUUUGAUGAGGUUCCCAAUUUACAAAAGAAUACAUCCUGCCCGCACAAUAAAAGAUCCUUGAAGGAUACUUUUUUUUGAGGUCGCACCUAAUGGUGCUUUGGAGGUACCUAGGCUAUUACAACGAGGGUAGAUGACUGAUUUCCUAGGUUCCAACACCUAGUAUAAACAAGCAUGCUCCUUUUCGAAGGCAAGGCAUUAUACAAAUUUCACAGAAAGAUUAAAUGAACAAAUACCGGUCAUUGAGGUGCCUGAUUUGAUGAACCAGGACAAAGUUCGCACAGGCUUGACACAAGUAGCAAAGAAGAUUGGCAAUCAGACAUGGUUGAAAACAGCACGUACCCAAUGCCUAAUAAAAAUAAAAAGCAGAAGCUCUCAAGAUAACAAACAGAUGGAAGUGGACAGAAUACAAUAAAGUACUCCCUCUGUCCCAAAAUUAUUGUCCAGUUUGAGAUUUCACUUUUAAUACAUUUAGAGCUAAAAAUGAAAACUCAAACUGGACAAUAAUUAUGGCACGGAGGGAGUACUUUCAAUCUUAAUGAAAAAGACUUAACAAGAGAGAUACAUGGGAAGAUUAACUUGUAAGCUUGAAGUGCAAAAUUUGAGGCAUCUAAACUACAAGCUAAAAUGCCAAGCAGAUGUUUGAGUGUGUUACAGGAACAAGGAAGUUCCAAUAAACAAAGGAUUCAUUUUCAAGGAAAUUAUAGAAUGGAGUAGAAAAACUUUGAAAUCAACAGUCCAAUGGCAAAUAGGAGAAACUAACAAUUGCACAGGCCAACCUUGACAUGGUAACAUUUUUGGAACGAUUCUCGAUUUGCCUGCAGUAUGUAUUUAUAUCUACAAUCUUGAAACCAGCUCCUACAAACAACGAGGUCAAGAAAUCCUCUGAAAAGUAAAAUGAGCACUGAGGAGAUGUUAGUACAGAAUAAUUAGGGAACACUAAAGACAAUUACAAACAAUAAGGGCAAUUAUACAUCCAAGUUGUACACAAUACUUACAGUACCAUCUCCUCUGAAGCAGAAGUUUUCAUCAAUUAUUUGAUUUCUCCUCUGUAACUUCACCUGA